AUGAGCGUUUUGGAUAUUGGAAACUUAUUUGAGGCAUUGUCGGAAGAGACUUCCAUUCGGCCGCUAUCCGUAUUAGUUUGUUUAUCAUUCGUGUAUUUCGGGAUAUCUUGGCGAGAUAUUGAUUUAUUUCUAAAAGCGAUCGGUGGACUUACCGCGAAGACUUGCAAGAAAUGGAGUACAGAUAUAAUCGAACAAGACUUCGAAGAAUUUCUGCAAGACAACAGAGGAGAAGAAACUUCCAAAGGUAAAACAUAUUUUUUGAAAACCAUACGGUCAAAUUUCGAACGACUUUCUAUGUCACUAAAUUAUACAUAUUCGGAUUCAGCGCAUCAAACUGCAUCAUAUCACAUAAAAAAAAUCAACAAAAAAAAAUUUGCUCCACUUUUGCCUGUCGCCAACCUUACAUUUCUAAAAUCAAAAAAAGGGUAA